UAUUAUCUGUAUUUUAAUGACUUGAUCCUUGUUCCCAGUUUGGCUCCAUGCUGGACGAGAACGCCGGAUCCAAGUUUGACAACACCGGCCUGAACGCCAUGGCCAACAGCGACAAAGCAGGUCUGAAGCAGUUGAAGUGGGAGGCGAACAGAGACGACUGGAUGCAGGACCGCGACGCCAAGACCAUGAGGAAGAAGAAGACCAUGUUCAACAAGAACAAGAAGGCGUUCGGUCGCCCGCGGACGGGAGGAAAGACGUUCGGGAAGAGGAAGUAGUUGUCGUGAGAUCGUGGAGGUUUUUUUUAAUUGGAGGAUGUCCUCAGUCCUGAUUGGCCGACCAGGCGGCGAGGUCUUUCUCUCGGACGCCGUAGACCCCCGCCCACUCGUUGGACUGGUAGUAAACUGGGAGGAAACAGAGGAGACAUUUCUGUGAAUAAAGGACCCUGUUUUUCAUGGACGCAUUUAACAGAUUUCUUCUACGGGAAUUAAAGAGAUUCUCCAUCGAUGAGGCUGCUGAUAAAUACAUGGAAAUGUCAUUGCCUAGUAUUCCGUCAAAACACAUGAAAAGUCAUAAGUAUGCCACCCUGUUGGUCAUUUAACAGACUUCAUGUACAUCUACAGGAAUUAGAGUUAUACCCUUUUCUGAAGCGUGAUUAUACGAGUUAUUUUGUAAACUAAAGUGCCCAUUUCUUCAAUCCUGAUUAUUAAACAUUUAAAUGG